AUGGCGAAACCGAAGACGGGGCCCAAGCCUCAAACAUCUUCUCAACCGACUCUUCCUUCGAUAUUGUCUACCCCCUGGACUUUCCUCCACCCCAAUGACGACCUACAUAAUCUAAUUGCAGAUUCCACCAAACAAAUCCUUGACCCGCUUGCUUCCUCUGUUGUAGAGGAGCAAACCAUCCGUCGACAGAUCAACAAGAAGCGCAAAAGAUCGGAAGCCGAUACAGAUUCCGUAUACCCACCUCUACAGUUGAAAAACCUAUACGUGGAUGGAUUCACAUCCAACCAAAUUUGGGAACAGGCGACAAGAAUUCUCGAUGCCGCUGGGAAUGAAAUAGAAAGAGACGUCAACUUACUGGCAGCACAUGGCGAUUACUCAUCGUCUGCCAGCGAAGGCGAAGAGGAGUCGGACUCGCUGGACUUUUCUGAUCUCGAGGGAAUUGACUCUGAAAGCGAUGUUAGCAUGUCAAAUGAUGCCCUGGAAGACGCCACCACUGAAGAUCUCGACGAGGCGUCGGACUUCGAGUCCAAUCCUUCCGACGAAAACGAACCAGAAGAUGCGAACAUGAUUGACGAGGAGGAACCAGAGGAGGAUGACGAAGCCUCCACAAAAUCCACCGAAGAUCCCGGGGUCUAUAUUGAAGAUCGAUUUGGACUCAAUGACGGCUUUUUUUCUAUCGAUGAUUUCAACAAGCAAACUGAAUUCUGGGAAAGACAAGACGCCAACGGGGAGAAUGUGGAUGCCGACGACAGCGAUGAUGACCUGGACUGGCACGCAAAUCCACUUACCGCUGGGAAUGUGAUGUCGGGUGCCAAAAGCAAUGCAUCAAACAAAGCAAAUGUGCUAGAUGACAUGGAUAUGGAUGAUAGCGAGGAGGAAGGGCCAACUUUUGGUAAUGCCGAUCUCCAUGGAGAUGAGGACGAGGACGAGGGAGACUCCGAUAUGGGCGAUAUGGAUGCCCCUUCUUGGAUGGACACAAGCAACAUCAAGUAUACCGACUUUUUCGCCCCGCCACCUCGCAAGGCUUCAUCUCAGAAAGCACGCGCACUUCCGAAGACUCAACCCACCUUGCCCAUUCUGGAUAAUGACGUCGAUCGUGCCAUGGCGAAUGUUCGUCGUGAUUUGUUUGACGAGGAAUCCGAAGUUGAGGAGGACGAGGAGAAUGCUGUUGAUGAGUCUGGUGAUUCUCAAGCCCCCAGGUCAACACAUGAGAAGCAGAGGGCGCGUAUCGCCGACGAGAUUCGUCGGUUGGAAGCGGCCAAUGUGGCAAAAAAAGAAUGGAUGCUUGCCGGUGAAGCCCGUGCAGUCGAACGGCCUGUCAACUCCCUUAUCGAGGAGGAUCUAGACUUUGAAAGAGUUGGCAAGCCCGUCCCCGUCGUGACCAAUGAAACUACCGAGGAUAUUGAAGAACUUGUCAAACGCCGAAUCCUCGCCGCGGAGUUUGAUGAGGUAAUUCGCCGCCGCCCAGGUGCUGUCGACACUAAAGCUCCACGAAGUAGCCGCUUUGAACUGGAAGACACCAAGGCGCAACAAAGCCUAGCUGAACUCUACGAAGCCGAUCAUUUGCGUGCCAACGACCCUAAUUACGUGGACUCGAAAGACCGCAAGUUGAUACGGGAACAUGCCGAGGUUAACAACCUCUGGAAAGAGAUUAGUUCACAAUUGGACACACUCUCGAACUGGCAUUACAAGCCGAAGGUGCCUCAGGCGAAUAUCAGUAUCGUGACGGACGCACCAACUAUUAUGAUGGAGGAGGCACGUCCUACGGCGGGCAGUGCGGCUGAUGGACCAUCGGCCCUCGCACCCCAAGAAAUCUACGCGCCCGGUGACGAUGGUAGAGCCACAGGCGAGUUGGUACUGAAGACCGGUGCCACAAUCUCCAAGGAUGAGAUGAGUCGGGAAGAGAAAGCGCGGGCUCGUCGCCAGAGAAAGAACCAAAAGGCCCAUGCGGAGCCAAACCAGAGAAAGGGCAAGGCUGCAGAAAAACAGCAGCUGGUCUCAGACUUGAAGAAGGGUGGUGUCAAGGUUGUCAACAAGGAGGGUCAAGUCACGGAUAUGGAUGGGGCGAGGGUCGGGACCGGUGCGAAGAAUAGUGCAGAUUUCCUGAAACUGUAA